UGUACCUUCUCAGCUCAUCUCUCACACACACCCCAGUCUCUGAGCCCCGGGCAUCUCUCUCUGACCAUGGACGUGUCAGUGCUGGGCAGUGGGAGCGGCUGUUCAGAGGAUUGUGGGAACCAGAGUGACCGGACUGACUGGAAAUGGGAGGACUUCAGUGGGGCUGAGCUGGUGUGUGUGACGGCCGUGUGUGUGCUGCUGCUGGCCCUGGGCAUCACAGGAAAUAUGUUAACCAUCCUGGUAGUUUGGCUCCGGCCACACCUGAGAAGCACCACCUACCUCUACCUGAGUAGUAUGGCCAUCUCCGACCUCCUCAUACUGCUACUGAUGCCUUUAGAUCUAUACUACAAGCUGUGGAGGUUCCGGCCCUGGGAUCUGGGCGAUACAGUGUGUAAGCUGAGUGUGUUCGUCAGUGAGAGUUGUACCUAUUCCUCCAUCCUCCACAUCACCGCCCUUUCUCUGGAGCGCUACCUCGCUGUCUGUCGACCACUCACAGCCAAGACCCUGGUCACACGGACCCGCGUCCGCACUCUCAUUGGCUGCCUGUGGGUUGUGGCUGUGAUCAGCGCCGGGCCGGUGUUUGCUAUGGUGGGGGUAGAGGAGCUGGGGGGAGGAGAGGGGGAGAGCGAGUGUCGCUGUACGGACUACGCCGUCUCCUCAGGCCUGCUGGGGGCCAUGAUGUGGCUCUCCAACCUCUACUUCCUGGUGCCACUGGGCAUUCUGGGAGUUGUGUACAGUCUGAUCGGCAGGAAGCUGUGGCUCCGCCCACAACGCAGCAGCCGAGACCGCGCCCAGCGACACACCAUCAAGAUGCUAGGUAUGAUCGUGCUGGCGUUUGUUCUGUGUUGGCUGCCGUUCCACGUUGGUCGGACGUUGUUCUCUGUGACUCUGGGCUCCAGCGCUGACAUGUACUACGUCUCUCAGUACUUUAACCUGGUCUCCUUUGUAUUGUUCUACCUCAGUGCUGCUGUCAACCCUAUCCUCUACAACACCAUGUCGGCACGCUACCGCCACGCUGUCCGCAGCCUGCUGCGCUCACACACACACUCACACCGCUCCCGCCACACCUCACUCACGCCACAACACUCUACCACCACCCUGUAACUCACAGACACACACACUCACUCGCACACAGAAAACCUUGGAGAUGGAUGAAGGAAUAAGACUGUUUAGAGGAACAUUGUCUUUAGUGAGACAUAUUGUCCGAUUUAUUGUAUAAUAUUUGCUCAAUAUAUAUUUGCCAUUUUGAUGACUGUUGGUUCUAAAUCCCUGAAGGUGUGUGUGUUCCCAGAGUGAUGUGUAAUAAACUGUAAUUCCAGCCUUUUGUCUUUGUGGUACUUUAGCUCUGGUCUGUCUGUGUGUGUUUGUCACCAUGGUGACUGGUAAGGGUAAGAAUGGCCCCUGGGGAGUAUUGGCGGGUUGGGAGAUUGAUCAGAGGGGGUUACUGUGAUUAUUGGUUAAUGUGAGGGAGGGAGGGAUGUAAGGUGUGUGUAUCAGUGGGAGGUUGGAGCCUUUGAGUUGACAGCGUGCUCAGUGUUCCACUCAGUCUCAUCACAGACUGACUGA